AUGAGGCUUCAAUCAAGUUCUAAUCCAUCGGAAGUUGAAGAAGUAAAGGAGUUUGCUGAUUGGAUACUGAGUAUCGGUAAUGGGGAGUCUGGAGAGCAAAACGAUGGUGAAGCGUCUGUUGAGAUUCCCGAGGACAUGCUAAUUCCCGAUUCCGAAGAUCCAUUAUUGGAGUUGUUGCAGUUUGUAUAUCCGGAUUUGUUGAGUAACAUAUCAAAUCCCGAUUACUUCCAAUGGAGGGCGGUGCUUGCGCCGACUAAUGACUGCGUUGAGUUUGUCAACGAAUACUUAUGUUCCCUCAUUCCCGGCGAAGAGAAGUUGUACCUAAGUGCGGAUAGUAUGUGCAAGGAUGAGAUGAAUUCGGAAGAGAAUGCUCAAAUUUAUACGACCGAAUUCCUCAACACCGUGUCUUGCUCCGGUCUCCCUUCACAUAGGCUGAAACUCAAGGAAAAUGUUCCUGUUAUGCUCAUACGAAACAUCGACCAGGCGAGAGGCCUUUGUAAUGGAACCAGACUUCAAGUUGUUAGAAUGGGAACUCAUGUUCUUAGCUGCAAGGUUCUAUCCGACAAAAAUACCGGUGAUGUUGUUUUCAUUCCUCGGAUGACGUAUCGAAACGACGGAAAUCGCUAA